CUCAUUACAAAUCAAAGUUAUACAUAGCAAAAUUUCUUUAAAAAAAGAGUUACUACUAUAUAUAGCAACACAAGUAAAACCAUGGCUUGGUCUAAGGUCUUCAAGGUGGCAUUCGGGGCGCUGCUGGUUUCCAUGUUGGUAGCCGCACCUUAUGUUAAUGCAACCAUAUCAUGCGAACAGGUGACCAACUGGCUGACCCCGUGUAUCACCUACGGGCUCUUUGGGGGCACCGUGCCACCAGGUUGUUGUGAAGGCAUUAAAACACUCAAUGCUGCAUCCAAUACCACUGAGGAUCGUAGGGCUCAAUGCAACUGCGUUAAAGAAGGCGCUGCGAAAAUCCCUGGACUCAACUACGACCGUGUUAAUGAGCUGCCUGGUAAAUGUGGAACUACAUGCCCCUACAAGCUCAGUUACGACCUUGAUUGCUCCAAAGUAAACUAAGCGUGUGCGUACGUGCAAGGAUGUAUGUUCUGCACCCACAAACCGAAGAUAGAAUAACAAUUAAGUCUAUCUCCUGCUAGACUCAUUCCUAAUUCUAGACUUGGGAGUUUAAUAAACUGAAACUUGUAUUGUUGCAGCCGAAAAUAAUGAUAUGACGAUAGCGUUGCUCAUGAUAGGGUUCUAUGUAAUGAACUUCUCAUGAAUAAUAAAGCAAGAAAAUACGAGUACUGCUACUGCUACUCUUUUCUUUUGUCCACUGAUAA